CUGCGCUCCCCCCCCCCCGGCUGGACUGGAGCGGUGGUGGCUGCGAUGCUGCCGAGCGGAGUGAAGAUGGCGGCGGCCGAGGGCGGCUCGGGCUCCCGGUGCCCGCUGCUCUGAGGGGGGUUGGGCAGCGCGGCUGCGGAGCAGGGGGACGGGCCCCGGCUCCCGCCUUUCCCCGGGCCCUGCAGGGAGCGAGGCGGCGGCGGGGAGCUGUGGAGUGGAAUGCCAUGGCCAGUUCCUCGGACAGUGAAGAUGACAGUUUCAUGGCUGUGGACCCAGAAGAAGCAGUGGUGGAAGGACCAAUGGAGCAAGACGAGGAGCCACGUGCUGAUCUGGAGGUUGAGGAGACCAGGCAUAACCGAUCGAUGUUGGAGCUGCCAGAAGAGGUUUUAGAAUACAUCCUGUCCUUCCUCUCACCAUACCAGGAGCACAAAACCGCUGCCCUUGUCUGCAAACAGUGGUAUCGCCUCAUCAAAGGUGUGGCACAUCAGUGUUAUCACGGCUUUAUCAAGGCGGUCCAAGAAGGAAAUAUUCAAUGGGAGAGUCGCACGUAUCCCUAUCCUGGAACCCCAAUCACACAGCGCUUCUCACACAGUGCAUGUUACUAUGAUGCUAAUCAGUCAAUGUAUGUGUUUGGUGGCUGCACCCAGAGCAGUUGCAAUGCUGCAUUCAAUGACCUCUGGAGACUUGACCUCAAUAGCAAAGAGUGGAUCCGGCCUCUGGCAUCAGGUUCUUAUCCGUCACCUAAGGCUGGGGCUACUUUAGUGGUGUAUAAGGACUUGCUUGUGCUGUUUGGUGGGUGGACGCGGCCAAGCCCCUACCCUCUGCACCAGCCGGAGAGGUUCUUUGAUGAAAUACAUACCUACUCGCCUUCCAAAAAUUGGUGGAACUGCAUAGUGACAACGCACGGCCCCCCUCCCAUGGCAGGCCAUUCCUCUUGUGUAAUAGACGACAAAAUGAUUGUCUUCGGAGGUUCCCUAGGAUCGCGGCAAAUGAGUAAUGACGUCUGGGUUCUGGAUCUCGAGCAGUGGGCUUGGUCCAAGCCAAACAUCUCUGGGCCUACCCCUCACCCACGUGGCGGCCAAUCUCAGAUCAUAAUAGAUGAUGAAACCAUUUUAAUCCUUGGUGGUUGUGGCGGCCCAAAUGCACUGUUUAAGGAUGCCUGGCUACUGCACAUGCGCACCAACCCCUGGACCUGGCAGCCAUUGAGAGUGGAAAACGAAGAUCAUGGAGCCCCUGAACUAUGGUGUCAUCCCGCGUGCAGGGUGGGACAGUGUGUGGUGGUCUUCAGCCAGGCUCCCAGCGGGAGAGCUCCACUUAGCCCCAGCUUGAACUCUCGCCCGUCUCCUAUCAGUGCCACGCCGCCAGCCCUGGUUCCUGAAACACGGGAAUACCGCUCUCAGUCUCCAGUCAGGAACGCCGAUGAAGCUCCUUGUGUGAAUGGCCGCUGGGGCACCCUGAGACCCAGAGCACAAAGACAGACCCCAUCAGGCUCCCGGGAAGGGAGCCUGUCCCCAUCCAGAGGAGAUGGGUCACCUGUACUGAACGGUGGGAGUUUAUCCCCUGGAGCCGCAGCAGUGGGGGGUGCCUCGUUGGACAGUCCUGUACAGGCCAUAUCGCCCAGCACGCCUUCUGCUGCUGAAGGAUAUGACCUGAAAGUUGGACUUUCCCCGGCGCCGAGACGAGGAUCGCUACCAGAUCAGAAAGAUCUACGCUUAGGGUCUGUCGAUUUGAAUUGGGAUCAGAAACCAGGUUCUGUUAGCUGUCAAAUGGAUGCUGUGGACAAUAGGACAGUUGGUGGAAGCAUGAGAAAUCCCCCAGAGCAGACAAAUGGAAUCCAUACCCCACCUCAUGUCACUAGUUCCCUUCCAGGGGCGGUGUCGCCAGGUGCACUCCGAAGAAGCCUGGAGGCUGUCAAGGCCCUGUCUUCCAAAGGUGCAUCUGGUUCAGCAGCAUUAAGUCCUCCUUUGGUGUCUUCACCAGGAUCCCCGGGUAGCCAGAGCGGGAGCAGUGCCGAGGUGGCACCAGCACCACGCCCAGGCUCUGCCCAAGGGGACGGCCACUCCUUACCUCCGAUCGCUCGUCGCUUGGGCCACCAUCCACCGCAGUCUCUGAAUGUCGGCAAGCCUUUGUAUCAAAGCAUGAACUGCAAACCCAUGCAGAUGUAUGUGCUGGACAUUAAAGACACCAAGGAGAAAGGGCAAGUCAAAUGGAAAGUGUUUAACAGCAGUUCCGUGGUGGGGCCACCAGAGACCAGCCUACACACCGUAGUGCAAGGCAGGGGGGAACUGAUCAUAUUCGGUGGCCUAAUGGACAAGAAACAGAACGUGAAGUACUAUCCCAAAACAAAUGCCUUGUACUUUGUGCGAGCAAAAAGAUAAUGUGGCAAAAGCUGUUCGACCCCUUCCCUUCCUGCCCCACCCCCUUUCCAUGGCUUUCUUUUUUUAACCCUUCCUCUGUCACGCAGGCAUUUAAACUGUGAACUAGGGAACGACAAACCAAUAAAAUCCAAACCCAAUUUCA